GCGAGUGUAGAAUUUUGUACCUUUGCUAAUCAACUUUGAUAGUGGCAUUUGCUGAAAGUGAUUAGUUUGAUUCAAGACUUGAACGUGUUUAGACGUUUUUUAAACUAUGAAGCUGUUGUUCUUAAUUUUUGCACUUUUUGGUGUUAUCAUGAUGACAAGUGGCCAAGAUUGCCACUCAUCACCAGACCCAGGUCCCUGUGAUGCUCACUUCAUUCGUUAUACCUACAAUCCAUCGUCAAAAUCAUGCAGUCAAUUUAUCUAUGGAGGAUGUGCAGGCAACAGCAACAAUUUCCAUACAAACACUCAAUGUAUGUCAAGUUGUGGUGGACAUUAAAAGAUCAAAAAAUAUUUCAAAACUUAAUUGACUCCAAC